UACACCGAAGAAUACAUGCGGCACACCUCGCCCACGUCUAAGUCACCGUACCCCCUGAUUGGCCAGUCUACCCCACUCGGUCCCGCCCAUUCUGAUUCCGUCACGCACCCUCCUCAGCGACGGCGGUUGGUUGAGAGUCCGCGCGGCGGAGAAGGAACAACAGAGCUGACAGCAGCACGCGACUCCAGUCACGUCAAGGAGAAGAUGGAGCAGCACACAGGCGCCGCGGAGUUCAACAUCUUGUUAGCUACUGACUCCUACAAGGUCACACAUUACAAACAGUAUCCACCAAACACCACCAAGGUGUACUCUUACUUUGAGUGCCGCGAGAAGAAGACAGACCCUACCAAGCUCAGAAAAGUCAAAUACGACAAAACGGUCUUCUAUGGGCUUCAGUACAUUCUCCACAGAUAUUUAAAAGGACAGGUCGUCACACGAGAGAAGAUUCAGGAAGCAAAAGAGGUGUACCGGGAACACUUUCAGGAUGAUGUGUUCAAUGAAAAAGGAUGGAAUUACAUUUUGGAGAAAUACAACGGUCACCUGCCCAUCGAGAUCAAGGCUGUGCCGGAGGGAAGCGUUAUCCCGCGUGGGAAUGUGCUGUUCACCGUAGAAAGCACAGAUCCGGAGUGUUACUGGCUCACUAACUGGGUAGAGACUAUCCUGGUUCAGAUCUGGUAUCCCAUCACUGUCGCGACAAACUCGCGAGAACAGAAGAAGAUCCUGGCCAAAUAUCUCAUGGAAACGUCAGGAAGCCUGGAAGGACUGGAAUAUAAACUGCAUGACUUUGGCUACAGAGGGGUUUCAUCUCAAGAGACGGCUGGAAUCGGCGCAUCUGCACACUUGGUAAACUUCAAAGGAACAGACACCGUGGCCGGGAUCUGUGCUAUCAAGAAGUACUACGGCACCAAAGACCCGGUUCCUGGUUUCUCCGUUCCAGCUGCAGAACACAGCACAAUCACUGCCUGGGGAAAGGACCAUGAGAAGGAUGCUUUUGAACACAUCAUCAAGCAGUUCCCGUCUGUCCCCGUGUCUAUCGUCAGCGACAGCUACGACAUCUACAACGCCUGCGAGAAGAUCUGGGGUGAGGACCUGAGGGGUCUGAUCGAGAAGAGGAGUGCAGACGCCCCGCUGGUGGUCCGACCGGAUUCGGGAAACCCUCUAGACACAGUGCUAAAGGUCCUAGAAAUUUUAGGAAAGAAGUUUCCUCUGGUUGAGAACUCUAAAGGCUAUAAGGUGCUUCCGCCCUACAUCCGAGUCAUUCAGGGCGACGGUGUGGACAUCAAUACUUUACAGGAGAUUGUGGAGGGCAUGAAAGAACACAGAUGGAGCAUCGAGAACAUCGCAUUUGGCUCAGGAGGAGCACUGCUGCAGAAACUGACCCGAGAUCUGCUCAACUGCUCUUUUAAGUGCAGUUAUGUGGUGACGAACGGACUGGGCGUCAACGUCUUCAAAGACCCUGUUGCAGACCCCAACAAAAGGUCAAAGAAGGGUCGGCUUUCUCUUCACAGGACGCCGAGUGGAGAUUUUGUUACUCUGGAAGAGGGGAAGGGUGAUCUGGAGGAAUAUGGAGAGGACUUGCUGCACACUGUGUUCAGAAACGGGAAGAUUGUGAAGACGUACUCCUUCGAUGAGGUCAGAGACAAUGGCAAGCUGAAGGAGAGCGAACUGGAGGAUCUUCUGCUGUGAGAUCGUCUCCCAUCAGCCCUUUCUCUCACAGUCACCCCACGCUCAGUGUACAGAGCUGUUCUAUGUUUCUGUCAACUGACUCCACUAUGCUUUAGUGUCUCUUUCUAAUGGCGGAUGAGAGCACUUAUCAUGCUAUUUAAAUCAUUUAACUGUGUAUUUGACCAAGUGUGUUAUUGAUCACACGUCUUUGCAGGAAUGGAGACGUUUAUGUGUGCGUAUACCACGAGAAGAUUUGCUUUGCUUGACUUUAGGACUGAAAGGUAAUAGUUCCGUGUUUGUUGAAUGUGAAUGUUGUGUGUAGGGUUUAUCACUUUAUCCAAGGAUUGAUUUAUUCCUUUAUGCAAAGGAGACGGCAGAACUAGAGGCACACUUUCAUUCUCUUUCAUCGGCCUUGUGUUUAUUUUAUGUCAUGUCUGGUUUUAUUUGAAUGAUGAAAUAUAAAAGAGGAUGUUUAGAUUGCAUUUCACCUUAAAAUCAAGAGGAAAAAAUAAGAAACUUAAUUUUGCAUGAAGUAAUUAGCAUUUUUGGUGUUAAUAUUUUACCACCAUUUAUUAGCAAAAAUUAAAGUCUGGACAGCACACAUGCUCUAUAAAUACUGUAUUUAGAAAAAGAUUUACACACCGUAUUUUUUGAGUAUUUCAGUAAAAUGAUUACAUAAGGACAUAUAUAAACUUUCUUUAUGCAAAAUAUAUAAUCUUACUUCUUUCUUUUGAUUUUUGGGUCGAAAUAUGAUCUGGACUUGAAAGGAUUCAUCUAAAUAUAAUACACCUUUUCCUUUCUGCAGAGACCAUUAUCCUUGUUUUGCCAACUUGUUAAAUGCUACAUCAGAAAUAUACAAUGUAAAGCUGACAUAUUUAAGUCAACAACAAAAAAAAGUUUUUGAUUUUUUUUAUUAAUAUUACUCACUACGACUCUUUAUUUGAAAACACCAGUUUUAUUAUACAGCGGGAAUCAUUUUAGAAAAGCUUGGUUUUACUAUUUUCUAUACUUACUGUUUCAAACUACAGAAUCAGAGUUGCUGAAGUUAAUAUCUACAGUCAGAAUAAUGUGGCCAAACUGCCUCCUCUCUCGUAUAUAUCGAGUGUUUGUUUUGAGAGAGCUGGCUUCUUAUUAGUACAAAGAGAGAUCUGUUCUUAUUUUUGUCUAAUGCCCAUUUUGUACAAACAGAAAGUUCACGUCUCUGGCACGUGUGCUGUUAUGCAUAUGUGUGUGAGGUGUGAGUGUGUGUGUGUACAUACAUGUCUGAUUGACAAUACUUGCUAAUUAUAAUUUCAUUGAUGUUUUUAUGUAUAUGUUGGGUCUCCCUUUUUAUUUCAACCUCUUGGGAUAUUUUAAAACAAACAUGACGGAUGCCAUUUUGACAGCAUAUUAAAUCAACGACAACAGUCCUUUGAAUCAUCCUUUUUGCUGAAAUGUUAUAAUUAUUAUUAUUUCUUUUUUCCUUUUUUUUAUGGAAUAGUGAAAAAGAUGUAACCAUUCCCUUUUAUAGCUGCUGUAAGGACAGUAAACUGUUUCACUAGCUUUCAAUCUAAUAAUGAAAUCACUUCAUUUAGAUGAUGAGUUUAAAACUGUGUUAAGGAAAAUUAGUGUGAAAGUUUAAAUAAAAAGCAAUAUCAUACCUA